UCGACAACGACAACUUCCUGCAAAAUAGUGGUCCCUAACAACAGACAAAGCUUGACACUGUGGAUUUAAUUGCGAAUGCUUUAAUAAAAGCGUUUCACACUCAAACCUUCAAUGGUAAGACUUGCUUUUGUGUUUUUACGUGGGGCCAAGAGAGUUUGUUUGAUAUAAAGCGUUGCUGCGAGGUGGACCGAGAGCGAGAUGGCUUUACACGAUGCCAUUUCUAUACCCACUCAUAUGGCUGCUGGUCCUGACUAAACCCUGGAGAGUAAAACUUUCAUGCCCAGAUCCAAAUUAAUAAACUCGUAGUUACGCUAAGUUCUUGAACAAAAUACCCUCUUACAUGAGUUACGUAACGUGCAUGUUAAUAUUCCUGUAUCAAAAUCUACCGUAACAACAACCCUGAUUGCUAGCGUCUGGAAGCUAACGUUAAAUUAGAAGGCUAAGGAGGCUGCGUCUAAAUCCUGGCGCAGUAUUCUCUGUCACAGUUUUCCAAAACUCGCAUGCAAGUCAGCGUUGGUUGCCGCUUUAGUUUGGAUUUGAGUGGUAUGGUGUAAUUUUCAUUUUACACGCCGAAUGGUAAAAUAAGGUGUUUUUAAUAAGAGCUAUACGAAGUACCCUUUUCCAGGAAUUAGUCUGAUACCAGCAAACUGUGUUCGGCCUGGUUAUCUGCUGGACUCAGCGAAUACAAGUAAAUUCUGUUUUUUUCUUCUCGACCUGAUUGGGUCCUUCGUUAAAGUGAUGCUGUGCAUUUUUCUGGAUGUUUGCCAAACGGAUUUAACUUGUAGUUUGUAGGAUAAACAGUAGUGGAGUCAUGAUAGAGGUGUUAGUAUAGAGGUGAUCAUAGACAAGUGUAGUUUAGUCAAUACACAACACCAGACACUAUACAGACAGACAAGCUUCUCAGUCUGUUGCAAGAUGACCCAAGAUACUAUGUCUGACAUAUUGGCCAUGAUGAUAGCAGGAUAAUGGUCUUUAAUGAUUGAUCAAAUUACAGAAAAUCAUGUCAAGACUAGAAAAAUUGCAGAAAAUGUGUGGUAAUGUUGAAUGCUGAAAGCUGAAAAAGCAAUGCAGAACUGCUUUAUAAAAGGGUAAACACUGUUGAACUCUUGAGGAAGAGGUAGAAGUUGGAUGACUGCUAAAAUAGUAUGAAUAUACUACAUAGAUUGAAAUUGCAUUCAUGCUGAAAGAGGCUGGAAAUACAUCUGAAAUUGCACUAAAUUAGUGUGAAGAAGAAAAUUACCGUAAAACACAGAAAAGUCAGAAGUGGCAUAAGUUUAAGUAGUAGUACUAGUAGUACGAUAAUAAGUAGUGGUAGUAGUGAUAUUAGUAGUCAUAUUAAUAGUAGUAGCAGUUUUAGAAGAGAAGACAUAGAAGUCAAAGUAGUAGAAGUAAAAGUUGCAGUAAAGAAAAUAUAAUUGGUAGCAGUAGUAAUUGAGGUAUAAGUGAAAGUAUGAGUUAGAGUGCUAUUAGCUGCAAUAUACGCAGUGUAACAGAUGCAGUAGAUCACCAAGAUGACAAGAGUUGCAUAUAAAUUCAGGGGACAGACCCCCAUAUUUUCAAAUCACUCCUAAAAACACACCUUUUUAAAUUGGCUUUUAACCUAUGAACUGUUCUUUUACUGUCUCCUCAUAUCGUGUCUUUUUUUUUUUAACCUUUACAUUGUUUUCUGUAUCUCAAAUUGUGUUGUUUUUUUUUUUUUACGUCUUUGAGCACCUGUAAAAGUGCGUUAUAAAUCGAAUUUAUUAUUAUUAUUAUUAUAAGUAUAGAGUAUUGAAUGUAUUUUUAUUAUGUUUAUUUUUAUUUAUAAUUAUUAUUAUCAUAAGUAUAGAGUAUUGAAUGUUUUAUUAUUAUUUGUAUUUAUUAAUUUAUUUAUAUUAUGUUUGUAUUUAUUUAUUAUUAUUAUCAUCAUUAUCAUAAUUAUCAUUAUUAGAAGUAUAGAGUAUCAGACCAUGAUGGCCUGAUUAUGACUGGUCCUAUAUUUUUCCUCUUUAUUUAUGAGGCGGACAUCUCACUCUGUACAUUUUCAAUAGCUCAUGCCAAUAUUUAGAGAGCAGGUCAGUAACUGUUUUAGGUUUCAUUUGAUGUCAUUCAAAAUGGAAAAAUACAUAUAUAUUUUAUAAAGAAUACUAUGGUUAGAAUGGAAAUCUAGCCUGGUAUUUACAGCAGGAUGUUUGAGAGUCGAAGUAGACACACUGGCUCAAAACUAACCUUUUCCCCAAGGCAUAUUUUUAUAGGUUUGUUGACACGCUCAUUUAUAAGCCAAACAGACGAUCUAGAGUGGGUAACAACAAUGGUGUCUUUGAAAACUCUUAUUUCAGGUACUUUCUCUUUAUUCUAACCAAAUCCUUUUGUGUUAAAUCGUACAUUUCUUUUUAUGAAAUUGCAAGGCAGGCCAAAAAAAGAAAGAUCAGUUGCAGGUGAAGUUGAAGGAAACAGAUGUUGAAUUCUCCAGACUGAUUAUCCCGGUCCGCAGUGUCCCUUUGUCCUUUCGCCUUAUCACGUGAGAGAAGGCAGCGGUCACCUGAAAGAGGGGACCUUAGAUGAUCCUUUAUCAGGGUGAUGUUACACAAAGAGCACGGUUCAAUCCGAGUGUUGAUGAGAUGCUGGACGAGUUAACAGUUAGCGGCUCUGUUACCCGUGGCAACAGCUGGAAGGAUGAUUGGUUUGAUAAAUUCAAGACUGUCACAAAAAUCAGUCAGAGAUAAGCAGCUGUACGGGGACACCGCUUUGGAGAACUUUCAAACGAGGCUGCACAAUGAAAGUCUAGAGAACAAGAGAGGGUUCUGGUCUCUAUUUGAGGGCAUAAAAUGUAAGACGGAGAGCAGUCCUGAAUGUGGAAUAACCUUGACGAGGAGAGGAUGUAACAUGUUUUAAUGUCUGAAAUGAUUUUUGAGUAUGAGCGCAUUUUACACUUUCAUUGAUGAUGUCAAGUCUCAUGCCUGUAAAUGCAAUCCCAUUAGGAGUUGACUGAGUAAUAUGUGGGCCGAUGAAUCAGAAUUGAAAGCAUCAGGCGACGCUGGAGUUCACGAGUCUGUUAAAAAUGAUUGAAUGAUGUCUGCAGUGUGGAGAAGUUUGCUUUAAGCUCUGUGCAUUUACUGUAACUCUGAUGCUCCCUGCUAUUAAUGUUCCCUGCUAUUCUUCAGUUUUUCACAUCCAAAAUGACAGCACACGAAUCUGUGACAGCUACCACUUGUAUUCAGUGUAAAUUCUGUUAUGAUGUAUAGAAUAAUACCGUUUAAUAAGACUCUGGCACAAAUAUGAGCCAUGUUAGAAAACAUGACUGUUAAACAUAAACAUGCCAAUGGCUAAAUUAAACAUAUCAAAUAUAUUGUAAUGUGCAUGUCACAACGCAAUUUUACUAGAGUUUCAGUAGCUUACUGAGACAACACCAGGGAGGAUCAAAAAUGGUCAAAUAAGGAAGCACAGUAUGAUCAGUAUCUGCAGAUAGUAGCUUGAAAAUCUCUGUUAAUAAUUAACAGCAUAUAAAAAAGAAGGAAUGAAUUAAAAACGUGCGUGCAGUGAUAGCUUUUGUGUGCCAACGUGUGUGUUCGUAGUACAUAAUUGUAAGGGAGCAUUUUGAAUCGUGGUUAUCAGGCUGCCGACAUAUUUCUGAAUGCCUGUGUUUAAAAAAGAACAAAUUUAUGGUAGAAUAAAAUUUUUAUGUCUGUUUCUAAUGCUAAAAAAAAUGUUCAAAAUAAGAGUAAAAGGUAAACUGUAAUGUAAGACACACUUGUUGUUCUUGACUAUGAAAAUAAUUGUGGAUUACUUUUAGAAUAUUGAAUACUGGCCAAAAAAAAUCCAGUCUCAUGCAUUUGUAUUAACAAAUGCACCAUUAAUGAAGUCUUUGAUUUUGUUUAUUAUUAUAACUCCUAAAUUGCUGUUUUUUAUCCAAUGCAAAAAAAAAAAGAAAUGUCAACAAUAUGAUAUCGGCAUUGUCUCCACCCUCAGCCAACCUCUUGCCGAGGAUAUCCUUUAUGACUGUUCCAAAUUAGUGCUGAGAAAAGGCUCACAGACGAGGGCGUCUCCAUUAAAGCUUCUAUCUCACAUUUUCACUCUUAAAAAAAUGCACAGCACUGCAGUUUUGUCAUUUUAAAGACAUUUCUAUUAGAGCCUGACCAAUAUGGAUUUUUGGGGGCCGAUACCGAUUAUUAGGGGGGGGGGUCCUGAUUACCGAUUAAUCGGCCGAUAUUAAAAAUAUAUUUUUUAUGAAGUUAUAAAAAAUAUCUAUAUAUACUGCAGAUAUACUGUAGGCUACUGCUCUUCACGUUGACCAGAAGACCGACUGAUCAAACUCAGACCAGAAAAGUGUUUGUAACUACUACCCCCCGCCAAUCGUUGCCUCCGCAUCUUAACUCGCAUGACUAACUCUAACUUCAGCUUGCAUAUGGUGCUUCUCGUUAACUCAGGGUGACCGAGACCAGCACAGCGGGGAACAUGGUGAAGUGGGUUGAACUGAAACUUGUCGACUUAUUGUGUAUUUCACAAACUGGUUUAUUUACCGUUGAGGUGGACCACUCUCCUCCAUGCGUCCCUGAGCUGCCUGCUUCAGAUCCGUCACUCUGCUGUGCUGCGAGGUAGUUAGUGGAUGAAGAUUGUCAUAAGGUCGCUGCGCCAUCUACAGGAUAAGUUGGGGGAUCUUUUCAAAUGGCUGAACAUUUUCAUUGUGAAACUGAAUUCUAUUCUCCGCAUCUUAUUACUUAAAAUGCCGGCAAAAAUCGGCGAGUUUUGGCCGAUUACCGAUUAGUCUCAAACAAUCGUCUCGCCGAUAAAUGGUCUGGCCGUAAUUUCUAUCAAUUGUGCGGCUCUUAGAUGCAUCAGAACACCAACGCUGUAGAUAGGAGUCAUGUUUUUGGGGUUAAUGUCUCAGCAGUGCGACAUCCGGUUGGCCCGAUUUCCUCCAAAUGUAACUCUUUUAUUGAGUUCACUUUCAUAAAUCUUGCAUAAGCUGACAUAUGCUUGGAUGGUCGUGCCAAGUCAGGUGUCACGCUUUUGCCUCUGAAUGUGCACAAUGAACAGCAGCCUCAUACAUUCACACAGUUUUGAGUUUUGCCGGCUGACCUGUUUUCUUCUUCUUCUGCUUCUUCUUCUGUGUCUAAAUUAUGUCAGUUAGAUAAACGUCCAGCCUCUCCCUCUAUAGGGGGGAGAAAGCCUGUCGAGGGCUGCGGACGAAAUGAGGUUAGAUCUUAUCCCCUCGGGGCAUCUAUUGAUAUGACAGCUUGCACCUGAACACCUAAUGCUCCAGGAGAAUAUGUUUUCGUUGAAUGGAGGUUAGGUCACAUGUAAGCUGGCACGCUUCCUUAAUCCCAAAGUAAACAUAAGCAUGUCACAAGCGUGUCAGUUUUACACGUGCCUCACCUGCUGGUCUCGUGCGGGAGAUAAGACCCCUGUGCCCCUGCUGAUCCCCCCCAGUGAUAGUGUCAGGAAAGGGAUGCAUCCAAGAGAGUUUUUGGAACAAGGGGAGGGGAGAGUCAGGUAUCUGAAAACUACAUAAAGCAUCGACUCAGACCAUUUAUUCUGUACCUGUGUGUAUUUUCCCCUCCGUGUGUGUAUGUGCGUGUAUGCGUGUGUGUGCGCGAAGCAGGGUCCGGACUCGCUCUUCAGCUGCAGAGAGUAGGCUGUGCGUGCAGACAUGUCGUCUCGCUCCGCUGCAGAGAUGGAUGACUCGCAGGAGCUGUCUAAGCUGCCGGUGAGUCUACCCUGGAUGACGCCAACACAGCGUGUGCAGGCUCUGGAUGAUGUUUGCACAGAUAGAUGCUUUUACAAACUGCUUUUUCACUGACUCUGCAGAUUGUUUCUCUGUUGCUUUGAAUAUUUGUGAAGACAUAAAGCUGAGUUAGUAUGGCAAAAGUGCUUUCACCUUGUUAGAAUCAACAUUUUCAGUAUCAGAGGCAUCAGAGAUUUUAUAUAUGGGAUUUUCUUUUACUGUUUUAAGUGUGGUAAAUAUUAGAUUUACUCAUCAGGAUCACUACAACAGAAAUACGUGUGAAGGAUGUUUUUCAUUGAGCUGUUUGUCUCAAUCUCAGUUUUUGUUACCUCAACUUUUUAUCUUUAUUUGAAGUCGUAUAGGACAUGUAAAAAAAGGCAAUUUCUCUACGAGUUCUUAUCUUGAAUGGUAACUACUUCAUGCUACACUAUAUUUGUAUUUUAGACACAUUUUUGAGCCACAAUUUGCAGCUUUAAGUUGUUGGCCCAGCCUUUAAAAAGACUUUAAUAACAGCCUUUUUUUGCAGGCUGAUUACAGGAUUUUUAACAAAUCCCUGUCUUCCUUUUUUACAACCAAAAUACAACGUAUGCACCAGAACCAAAAUACAUUUAAUGACCCACACUGUCUCCAACAUAACUGCAUUAUAGUCAUAUAUUUAUUUAUAGCUUAAAAAUGUUAAAAUAGAUCUAAUUAAACUAAUAAGAUUGCUGCAUCCUCCAGAUUAUUAUCUAAAUGUUUUUUUCCCGUUCCUGCUUCUCGGUAUUUUCACAUCUUUUAUGCUCUCUGGUUUUUGCCUGAAAUUCACUGCAGACUGAUUUCAAACUCUUAAAGGCGCUUGUAUCUUUAAAUGUUUGAAAAUCUAAAAUGAAAGACUCCUUUAGGGUUUAUUGUUGCUGUUUUUACAUUUACCUGGCUUCACGUCUGUCUCUGAGAUAGUUUCUCAUUUUUUCAUGUGUUGAUUUUAACAUUGAUGGACUUUUGCUGCCAGGUCUCCCUUAAGAAACAAAUUUUAAAUCUUAAUGGGUCUAAAGUGGUUAAGUAUAAAAAAAAAAAAGUAUUAAUAUAUAUGUCUUUGAAUUUUAAACCUGGAUUAGAGUUAUAAUUAUUCCGUUUAGUCCGUUGUUUUGUUCUUAAAUUAUUCUCUUUGUUGAUCCUGAUCGUUCAAUCCACUGUUGUUCAGAUUUUAAAACUUUAAGAUGUUUUAAAUUGUAGUUUAAAUGUUUAUCAUCAAUAUAAACUACAAUUUAAACUACAAUUCUGGUGUAGAUUAACUCGCUGCACCGACUUGUUCCCUCUCCGUCUACAAUGAAGCUUCUAAUUUCCUCUCCUUGUACAUGUUGCUUAAACUUUUCCCCUUUUGCUUCCAAGUCCUUAGUCGACCCCAAACCUCUAAAAUGUAAACUUGCUGGUCAGAAAUGUUUCAUUAUUAAGCCUUGGGCUUUUACCAUUUAAUACCAACAUUGAAAAGAUUUUAUUCUGAGAUCAUGAGACUUAAUUUUUAAGUAGAAAUAUGGAGCAAAAAUUACACACAAUAAAAGAUAGAAAUGAUCUGAUUGUUUGUUGAUUUUUCAGGCAAAGAAGGCGAAGCUUGAGAUAGACGGGCUGGAGAAAGAGCCAAGGUUGGUCUCUCUGAUUAUACAUUUCUCUUAAUUCACUCUGUGAUAUUUACACAAUUUCCUCAAAGCUUGUUUUAAUAAAUUGUUAUUUCAAGGAUGAAGUAGAUGUUUUAAUAUUAUGUUUAUUUCCUUGUGCGUCUCGCAGUCAUUUAGGAGAGGAUGGGAGUCCAGCAGCUGUUUUAGGAUCAUCGGAGCAGGAGAGCUCUUACUCCGCUCUGGCCACGGCUCAGCUUGAUCCAAGUAAGAAUAAACAUGACAACGCUCUGAAAUAUUUGUCUUAAUUUAGUCGAUAUUUAACACGAUUUUUGUCGGAUUAAAGGCGAUCAGGAGCAGCCGGACGCAGACGGACAGGCAGCACCUCCGGCGUGCGGAGACUCCAUGAACUCAUACGCACAUUCUGGUAGGGCCUGAAACAUGAUUAGCGCACCAUAAGAAUACGAGAAGAAAAGGCCGCUCUUGGAUGUCAAACUGAGGUCAUGUUGUCUUUAUUUUAAACAGCGGCGGACACGACGGUCACAUCCGAAUACGCUCAACAGGUUUAUCAAGAAAGCAAGUAAGUGGACAAUCAUGAACAUCUUAAAGUUUGACGUGUUUUAACAGCGAUGGAAAGUGCAGUUAAGAGUGAAGCUCUCCUGUAUUACUGUGAUUACACAAACUCUCUAUUUUAAAGAUAAUUUCUAGAGAAACUAAAGCAGGAUUAAAGCUUCAUGAUCGUCAGUAUUCAUUGACAUCUUCUUAAAACAUUCGCAAAUCUCAUAGAGGGAAAAAUGUUUGGUUUAGUGAAAUACUUAAUUUUUGGAUUUCUCCUCAGUCAUCUGAUUUUUUUAUAACAGACAAAACUACAAGGUAAAUAUGCAGAAGUACAUUAUGGUAUACGUUCAAACUGAAUUUGUGUUAAUCAACAUGAGGUAAAACAGUUUUAGUUUCACGGUCUGGUGAAGGCCGACUGCUUAAUCCUCGUGUCAUGUGUAGAAUCAGAAUCAGAAUUCUUUUAUUGUCAUUGAACCAAAGGGCGCAACGAAAUUAAAAAAUAGCAGCUCUCGCAGACAGUGCAAAGAAAAGGUGUCAGUAAAAAAUAGCAAUAAUAUAGCACAAAAUAACACAAUAGAAAAAUAUAAAAAUAUAAGUAAAAAUAUAAUAUGAAAAAUUAUGAAAAUGAAUAAAAAACAACCAGGAUAAUGCACUCCGUAGGUCGAUGGAUAGACACAAUAAUCAAACACAGAAUGGAAAAGAAAAUCAGAGAGAGGUCGAGGAUUUGAGUAAAAAAUACUGAAGUAUUUCUAAAACGGAGGUAGUGCCGCUGAAAGUGUAACACACACUCAGGCUGAUGAGUUACAGAUCAUUUUGCAGUAAAUAUACUCAUAAUUAUUUAACUAUAUUACUGAUUUAGAGAUUUAGAAACGCUGUGUUACAAGAGAAAAAUGCAGAUGAGGAUGAAUGUAAAGUUUAAGGGACAAGGAGACUCUGAUCAUGUGAACACAUUUUUUUUAAUAUAAUUAAAGGGAUUUAUAGUGAUUUUACCUCCGCUGUAAAUGGGGUAAUGUGAGACAUGGUUGUAGUAGUGGUUGUAGUCGUUUAUUCAGUCAUGACAACACCAAAUAUUGUACACAAUAUUAACAUUUCACACAAAUCACUAAUCAAGAAUCAUGUGUUAAUAUUGACUGAAAAGGCAGAAGCAGACUGCUUAUAAAAGCCGAUCCUGUAUUAUAAACUUUUAGUAUACCGACCUCCAGAAAAGCAAAGAAACCACAACAACAGAUUUAAUUAAUUAACCCCCCAAAAAAAGAUGUUUUUAGAUUUAUGUCGUUAUCAUUCCAGAAUUUAACACAUCUCCUUUUCGUACCUUUUUUAGCUUUUUCUACAGUAAAUUUUCGAGCACCUCUGAGAUGAUACGGACUGUCCUGAACUGAAAAGAACCUCUGUACUGAGUCAGGGAGUGUUUUUGAUUUUGCUCUAAACAUGAUUUGCAUUAUUUAAUGAUAAAACAGAUGAUAAAAUUUAAUAACAUGAGCAUUUAAAAAAAGUGGCUCCGUGUGAUCAUAAUAAUCAGUCGUAUUGAUAAAACAUAUAGCUCGUUUUUGCUGUUUUAUUGUUGAAUUGAUAGUGUUUUUAAAGGUGGAUCCCCACAGUUCCACACAGUAAGAUAUACAGGGACUAAUCAAUGAGUAGUCGAUCAAAUGCAAGGCCUUGGAACUCAAUACUUUUCUGGAUUUGUACAGGAUUGCAAGUGAUUUUGAAAUUUUCCCUUAAGUGUAAUCAAUGUGUCGUUUCCAUGUUAACUUUUGAUCAAUGACAAAAUUUAGUCUCAGUAACUCUUUCAAUGUCAACAUUACAGAUUCUUAAUUUAACGUUAAAAUCACUUUCAUUUAGAUUCCCAAAAACCAUAAAUUGUUGUACAGCCGCGUGUAGAUGGUGAGGUAAGGUAGACUUUAUUGAUCCCGCAUGAGGGAAACUAUUUCAGCACCAGGACAACAAACAGCAUGGAGACAUUAGAAAAACAGCAGAUACACAAUAGACACAGUAAAGGCCAAUGAAACAUGAUUUAAAAGUGGUACAAAACCCUGAUAGAAAUGAAUAAAUGCUCAAAUAAAUACCUCUACGAACUAUGCAGCAGUGCCGAGUCAGACCCGAAAAAAAUCUCACUGCUGCUGGAACAAAAGACUUUCUCAGUCGUUCAGUGUCGAUUGAUUGUUGGUGUAAAUAAGUGUGUUUUCAACUUACAUUAUAAUAUUAACUGUAGCCUCUAUUAUUAUCUCGUGGGAUCUUGCUUUUAGAUUUUGCCAAUAAGAUUAGUUUUGAUUUAUUUUUUUAUUCAACCAAUAUAUUUCUAAGUUUGUUCUCAUACUAAAACAUUUUGCAGCAUAAAGUAAUAAAUGACCAAAAUAGAAGCUGAUUACGCCAAAAUGCAGUAUGAAAGAUUUCAUUCUGUAGUUAAGAACCAGAGAAGCAAACUUCAGCUCUUGUCAGAAUUUUCUCCAAAACUGUGUAAGUGGGUUUGAGGAACAAACGUCUUAUUAAGAACAGAUGGUGAAUGGGGCCUGUUGCUUUUUUUGGGAUAUAAUCUCCUUGAGUGUAAACCAAGAAUGCUCCAAACAAAGAGCUUUUGAGGACUUAGAGGGACUACUCUACUCUAGAUUUCCAGUUUUUACCCCAGACAACUGCAAGAAACUGGAUUAUAUAGAAAAUAAAAGAAAGAAAACGCUCUCAUUUCACCUUUUAAUACAGAUAACAAGUAUUCUUGCAGUUUUUGUAUGAAAUCUAUAAAAUCUCUUGAAUAAAUGCACGCUGUAAUUGUGACAGUAUUUAAUAGUUGAUAAAGUAAGGUGUUUUUCUUCAUCUUCAUCUUAAUAUUUCCUUCAGCCCGGCAGUGACGUCGUACAGCAGCCAGGUGGCCUUCCCCCCUCUGGCUCAGUCCACUGUGUACUCGGCUUUCCCCCAGACCGGUCAGACCUACGGCCUCCCACCUUUUGGUUGGUCCCCUCUUCUUCCAUCUCUGCUCACUUUAAGCCCAGCAUCACACUUUUAUAACUUUGCUUCUGAGGCUGUACUGUUCUUCGCCGCUGUGGAAUCAAUUCGCUCUCGAUCUCUGCUUUAUAAUUGAAAUAAAAAUUCACAUCUCGUCUUGAGGCUUUGACUUUAACCAGUUUUUCAGCGGCCCACUCCUCUCGCUGCCUCCUUCACUCUGCGUCUGCUGCUCUCUGUCCUCUUCAGGUGCUAUGUGGCCAGGCAUUAAAACAGAGACAGGGCUGCCUGAGGCGCCCUCUGGUGGCCAGCCUGGGUUUCUCAGCUUCAGCACCGCAUAUACCUCAACCCAGCCGGGCCAUCUGCACUACUCAUACCCCAGCCAAGGCAAGCUGCAGCCUGUGACUGUCUCACGGCAUAACCCUGCCACACACUCUCUGCAAACACCAGAAAGCACAAAUAAGCAGACGCUCCUUUUUCUCUCCUUCAUUUGUCUCUUGAAUACAAUGCUCAAAAAAUACGAGUGCCCCUGAAGCGCCGUGUAAUCAGGCUGUUUCUUCUCCAGGCUCAAGCUUCACCACAUCCAGUGUGUACUCAAGCAUCCCUUCAGCGACAGCGGCCACUACAACCCCCACCACAGUGGCCCACCAGGUGAGGAAGAUGGUGUCAUUUUAAGACGUCAAAGUUUGUGAACUUUAGAGCGAACUCUGUUUACUUAAUGGAAUCAGAGAUCUUAAAGGGAUAUUCCGGCGUAAAAUUUAUUUAGGGUCAAAUAUGCUGUAACACCAAGUUAGACAUCCACUCAAGAGAUGAAUGUUGGCAACUGCUUGCUUCUCUAUUUUUACCAACUUUAGUAACGACCGCACGAUAGCAAUACACAGUGGUCUUAGGAGCCAUAAACAAACCUCAACCAAAACGCCACAAAUAAUGCUCAGAACAGCACCUAACUUCAUCAACAGUACAUAUAGGGUCCCAGCCAUAGUGCUAACCACUAAACAUCUUUUUAACUUUGACUAAUUUCUUUUGCAAAGAGACUAAACACAACUCGCCUACUCUCUCCCAGUGGCCGUUUGUUUGUAGCGAGACCUCGGGCCAGUCCAUCAUCCACUGAGGCGAGGUGACGCAGCCCAAGGAAGAACAUUUAUGAUAAUUUCUUCAUGGAAAUACAAUCAGACCGAGACACUAAGGCAGAAGAACGACAAUUAUUACUUCAAGGAAAUGAUAAAGUAAUUAUCAUAAUUGUUCUUCCUUGAGCUGCGACGCCCCGCCUCAGUCGAUGAUGGACUGGCCUGAGGUCUCACUCUAAACAAGCGGCCGCUGGAAGAGAGUGGGUGAGUACAUACCAAAUUGAUAAACCCAAUUAUAUAUUCUUAUUGUAUAUGCUACUUGUUUGUUUGUAGAUGAAGCUUUCAGACAGAUCCUAUCUGCAUUUUUUUUCUUUUUUUCUUUGCCACAGUGUCAACAGACAGAGGUGAAAUUUCCCAGACUCUUUUACUCAGAUAGAUUCAAAGGUAGGGUAGCCAGGACCUGAGGAAGUUCUAGUUUUUGGGAGAAAUCCUGAAUGUAAAUUCGACGCCUCCCAACCAGUUUUCCCCUCAGCUCCUCCCUCUCUGCUCCAGCAAGCCCCGCCCACAAACAGACGCUCCUGCUCACUCUUAUCGUUUCAAUUAAAUUCCGAUAUAAUGCAGAUAAAUACUUCAGAUCAUUACAAAUGGGGCCCAGUCAACGUGAAAGUAAAAAGCAUUGGUGCUACUGUAGAUGCCAACAGACUACCAGCAAACACAAUGUUUGCAGGACAACUUGUCUUACUUUGUUAAAGUGGUUUACCUGUCCAGCAGAAAGGUUACAGGGUCACCAAGAUCCUGAAGCAUUCACUGAUGUUGACCCGGCUCUUUAGCUCUUGUCUGGUCUACCUCCUUUUUAGGCGCCCGUUAUUCCGCCAGAGUCUCCGGUAUUUACUUAAUUUACUUGCUUGUGUCGGCAGUCGUGGCCAAAGGAGGAGUCAGACAAUUUUCCGAACUUUCUGGUUUGUUUCUACUGUCUGAUAUUGUUGCACGCUAACUUUGUUUGGGCUCAUGAACAACACAGGGGAGCAGUGUCCGCCUCACAACCAAUCAGGUUGGGGAGGCGGAGAAUGGCUUUGUUUACAGUCAGAAAAAUUUGAAAUGUUGACUACACAGACAUAACAAAACACAGCGAUAUCAUUACAUCCCCAAAUGUCAUCAAUAACUAAAAGCUAUUUGCUGAUAUUAAAAUCUUUUUUGUAAAUUCACCACAAAAAAAGAUGCUUCUUUAACAGAUUCCUGCCUACUCCACCUUUAAUAUGAAGUGGUCUGUGAUCGAACCCGUGCAUUUAUUUGCUCUUCUUCCACCACACUAAUUUUCUUUUUCUCAUCUUUGUUUUCCCUGCAGGAGUUCAGCAGCUACAACUCUCUGGGACAGACUCAGUUCUCUCAGUACUACGCUCUGCCUCCCAGCUACGUGCCGGCGGGGCUGCCCAGCGGCGAGGAGCAAGGCGCCGGCGUGGGAGCGACCGGAUACUCGGCUGUGAAGUCGGAGCAGGCUGCGUCAGCUGGACUGCCUCCCAGAGGUGAGUUAAGUACUUAUUUAUCAGUGUAUCAUCAGAGGUGGAUUACAUGGAGACAGCUGAUUCAAAAACACGGAAGCAUCACAUGAAUUUUUCAUACGCAGGACUUUUAAUCAUCUGCGGCGCUCGCUCAACUAUUAUUGGAGUCUUUUACAUGUAUUUAUGUCAAACUUUCUCAUACUCAGAUGCAUCCCCACCGGAGAACCUCCCAACAGGUGCAGCGCUCCCUACAGGUGUUUCUCUCCCCGCUGGAGCCCGAGAUCAGGACGAUGUCGCACGGAGGAACUCUGUCGGAAAAGCGAAAGGGAAAGCCAAAAAGCCUGACAGCUCUCCGCCCGCUGACAGCGACCUGGAGGUACCAACUGACUUCAAUUUUCUGUCAUCGUCCAUGCAGUGUUUUAGAGUUAAAGAAAUGAUCAUCAUGUCUGGAGGAAACCUGAUUGCUUAGAAACAUGAUGGAUGAACCUGUCUGAAUUAAGUACAAGACUGGAGGCUGUAAUGUUUCUGCUUCCUGUCAUUGUAGCGCAUUUUCCUGUGGGAUCUGGAUGAGACCAUCAUCAUAUUCCACUCACUGCUCACUGGCUCCUACGCGCAGAAGUUCGGCAAGGUUUGUGUCUGUGAACUCGCUGAAUAUCGAAUCACGUGACUUAAAAAUAACAAAAUCUGACUCUUUGUUUGUUUGUUUGUUGGUUCAGGAUCCUGCAACGAUGCUGAACUUGGGCCUGCAGAUGGAGGAGCUGAUCUUCGAGCUGGCAGACACUCACCUCUUCUUCAACGACCUGGAGGUACAGUCGGACAUCUACAGACAAGUGUGGUUGUCACGGGAACGAAGUUGUUUAUAAUUCAGCACUUUUGAACGAUCGGUCCCUUUGCUCCACGUUAGUAUUAAAUCAGAUGAGUUGUGUUUGGAUGCCUGAAGUCUUUGUUGCGUUUCAGGAGUGCGAUCAAGUCCAUGUCGAAGACGUCGCCUCUGAUGACAACGGACAGGAUUUAAGGUCCGUUAUAAGCUGUUCUGUAACUUAUAGAGUCUCUUCGUCUUUUGACUCUCUUAAAAACUGAGACUGAGCAGAAAUUUCUCUUUGAUUUAGUAACUACAACUUCUUGACUGACGGCUUUAACGGCCCCAGUGGUGGGGGAGCUUCAGGAACCACAGCGGGGGUCCAAGGAGGGGUGGAGUGGAUGCGGAAACUGGCCUUUCGUUACCGCCGGCUAAAAGAGAUCUACAACAGUUACAAAGGGAACGUCGGAGGUGAGUUUUCAGCGGAGACGGAUCUGUCUUUAGCUUGACAGGAUUUCACUCCAUAUCCUUGUUAAUUCUGGCCCAUUUAAAGACAGUUAAAAUAUUGACAUCAAGGUUGAGCAGAGUUUUAAUGAUUAUAUUUUGUCGUCUCUCUCAGGUCUGUUGAGUCCCGUGAAGAGGGAGCUGCUUGUACGGAUUCAGUCAGAGAUCGAGAACGUCACAGACGUCUGGCUCAGCACCGCACUGAAGUCCCUGCUGCUCAUCCAGUCCAGGUGUGAGCCCAGCAAGUUUAUAUUUUUUUUAACAUUGCAGUGAAACAGACAGUUUUUAACCCAGCAAGUAUUUUAACUUCUGCUUUGUUUUUAAGGAGAUAAACAGCUUUAAGUGUUAUAAAUUAGCAUCUUUAAGUGUUAUAAAUGAAGCAGUUUCUUUUCAUUUCUAAGCUCAUGUUUGUUUGUGUGUUUAUCAAAUCCCACCAACAGGGGGAAGUGUAUGAACGUGUUGGUCACCACCACUCAGCUGGUUCCAGCUCUGGCCAAAGUGCUGCUCUACGGCCUGGGAGACGUUUUCCCCAUCGAGAACAUCUACAGCGCCACAAAAAUAGGUAUGACUGAAAGCAUUCGUAAAGUCGAGUUUCUGCUUUCACUGACGGUGCCCUAAAUAAAGAAUAUCCGGUCUUCUCUGUGUUGUUGUUUUCUUUCAUGCAGGGAAGGAGAGUUGCUUCGAGAGGAUCAUCUCUCGCUUUGGGAAGAAGGUGACCUACGUGGUAAUAGGAGACGGUCGAGAUGAGGAGUUUGCAGCGAAACAGGUGAACUUCAUUCAUAAAAACUACCGAACAAAACCUGCAGGUUUCUAGUCCUUCUCCUGUAAAAUAAGAGUUACAUCUUUGCAACCUUAUGAAUGUUUUUAAACCCAAACUGUUUAUUACCGUCAGUCUGAUCACUUUGAAAACACUCCUGCUUAAAGGGAUAUUCUGGCGUAAAAUAAUUUAGGGUCAAACACACCGCAACACCGAGUUCGACACCCUGUCGAGAGAUGAAUGUUGCCGACCGCUUGCUUCUGUAAUUAUACCAACUUUAGUAAGGACCACAUGAUAGCAAAACACAGCGGUCUGAGGAGCCAUAAACAAACCUCAACCAAAACGCCACUCUAUAGCCACAAAUAAUGCUCAGAGCAGCACCUAACUUCAUCAACAGGACAUAUAGGGUCCCAGCCAUAGCAUUAGCCAACAAACAUCUUUUUAACUUUGACUAAUUUCUUUAGCAAAGAGACUAAACACAACUCACCUACUCUCUUCCAGCAGCCGCUUGUUUCUAAUGAGACCCUAUAUGUACUGUUGAUGAAGUUAGGUGCUGUUCUGAGCAUUAUUUGUGGCGUUUUGGUUGAGGUUUGUUUAUGGCUCCUCAGACUGCUGUGUAUUGCUAUCGUGCGGUCGUUACUAAAGUUGGUAUAACUAGAGAAGCAAGCGGUCGACAACAUUCAUCUCUCGACGGGGUGUCUAACUCGGUGUUUUGGUGUGUUUGACCCUAAAUUAAUUUUACAAAGGAAUAUCCCUUUAACGUGUCAUUAACCAUCUUUGCGUUUCUCUCUUCCUCUGCAGCACAACAUGCCUUUCUGGCGGGUCUCCACCCACGGCGACCUCGUGUCCUUGCACCAAGCGCUGGAACUGGACUUCUUGUAGAGGAGGAGGAGGAGGCCACACUAAAGGGAAUUAGACGUGCUGUUGGUUCAUGUUGGAGUGACGUUAAUGUUAGAAAACCCUCCACCUCUCGAGAGACUCACCGCGCAGUAUGGGACAGUAAACGCACCGGGGUAAAUGCAGACUUUGGGGUCGGAGCUGGCUGUGAGACACAGACUGGGCGGAGUUACGGUUCCUCCGGCGCUCCUCCUCUACGGCAGCUAACCUUAAACACGGCUGAAACUGGCACUGAUACAGACACAAAAGGGAAGACGUUUUUUUUUUUCUAUGCCCUCCUCCUUUGUCUCUUUAGUUUCCUGUCAGUGAAAUAAUCCCUCUUUUGUACGCCUUGUUGUGAGUUUAACCAACCAAAGGGCCGUCGUCAUUGUCGUUGUUGUGUUACGGUUUUUGAUCGGCUUGUUGUAGCUUCUCAUUUUCAACUUCUAUCAAAGCUCCUUCUCUGGGUUGUUUCGCCUUCAUUCAAAGACUUGAAAGUAUCAGUUUGAAGUUGUCAAAGAUUCCCUAAUUACGUAAUCGAUUAGUUAUGAAUCAUAAGGUACUAUAUAUAUGUGGAAACACAAGAAACAUAACAUGUCAUGACCUCUCCUCCUGACCUGACCUCACCAUGCCACCGGUCAGCUGACCUGACCCCUCCAUUUGUUCCUCUUUGGUUUAACAUCCUGUGUGUGAGUGUGUGUGUGUGUGUGUGGGUGUGGAUGCGCAUGUGGGUGUGAGUGUGUGUGUCAUCUGUGUGGUCACUGAGCGUGUGCGGAUGAGAAUCACGCUCUGAAAACUCACAUUUCUGCAUCUCACUCGGUGAUCGGAGCUGGAUGCUCUGAGCCACAAACAGACGGCUUGAUUUCAGGAGUGACUCAGGAGUUUUCUCUUACAGGUCUGGACCCACAUGAUGCACAGUGUGAAUCUAGGGUGUGCAGAAUCUAUGAUAUACGCUCUUUAAAGUAUGGACUUCAUACUUGACUCGUGUCUAAAUGUCACAACUAGUUAAAGACAGAAUAAAAAGUACACAAUCUAUUAACCUGAGUAUGGUACUGUCAAUCAAUUGUAGGGUUUGUCGCCUAUAUGUUUCGAGGCGGUGUGAGAAGUUGGUUCCUCUCAUAUCGUACAGCUGUUUCCGUGUCAAAUUCCACUCGCAGACCGACUUUCACGCAAAAACAAGAGCUUUAAAAAAAGUGCACAAUAUGUUUUGUGUUUGAAACAAUGGGUCGGUUUAUCGAGUGAAUGAGACACCUGACCCUGCCGACAAACAACCUGAAUCAUGAUUUCUGUAUGUGCAGUAUUUUUAAAAAGGAUAUCGGAGUUUAAAAAUGAACGGACAGCAGCGGCGGAUCUACGCUAAGUUAGUUUUGUUGUCGUUUAGCUGCGGUGUUUAAAACACACAAGGAUCCUGGGUGGCGUUCUCAGCUUUCUAGGUGCUUAUUUUCCUAUAAUCUGCCUCUGACUCGGCUCAUAAAUAGCCGGAGGAUCAUCCUUCACUUCAGCGGUGUAAUCUAAAUUGUUUCUGCUCUAUUUCUCUGUGUAUUUCCUGGCGCAGUUUGAGUCCGCAGAGACGGUGAAUUUGGAGUAAAGUUGUAGAAUUCGGUAAAAGCAGGUUUAAGAAUCAGAAGAUUUUAAAUCUCUGUCCUCAAAAAACAAAUUCAGGUAAUUUCCAUGAAAGCAAAAAUCACUGAGCUGUUUAUAAACAGACAAAAAUGGUUCCUGAGUCACUUUUCAAACUGUGUUCAGGAAUAAAUUUAAUUCACAUGACUUAUAAUCAUAAUAAUAAUAAUAACACGUUUUAUCUGUAUUGGCCUUUACAUCAAGAGACCUCAAAGGGCUACAUCUUGAAAGCAAAGAAAUAUCACAGUAAAGGAAAAUAAAAACAGGAGAAACAGCUCAUUAAAAAGAGUAAAAGCAAGAUAAGCAGACUUUAUCGGCAUCAUAUCGUUUUUCUUCUUUUGAUGGAAGAAGUUUGCAGCCAACAUAAUAAUCGAUUCAAAGUUUGCCCCAGCCCCUUAAAAUUAGAUUACUUUUCUGUUUUUUGUGUUUCUUUGUGUAACGAUGUGACGCAUUUUUUUAGUUUUUUUGGUAAAAUGAGCGAGUUAAAGACAUCAGAAUGAAAGAAAACUUUGAUUUAUUUUUGUUUAGAGUGACCUGAAGUCUAGCUAAUGCAAGACGACAUCAAAUUUGAUGAUGAAAUGCUGGAUAAUAGUUAAAAAAUAGACAAAAAUCUCUGUUACUUCAGUUUAAAGUCACACUAAGGGAUUUCUUAAGCUGAAAAAUUACCCCCGAUUGUGAUAACGUCACUUUUCCUUUCAGUUCCAAUUAAAAUCUCAUCGGCAUCUUGCAACACUGGGCUCUUUUGUACACCCACAGAUGUCAUCAGUCGGCCACACAACCUUAAACGUUGUACUGAGGGGGAAAAAAACCCACAAUGACUGUGCAAUACAUUUCUACUUCUCUCAUCAGCUGUAUCUCAGAGGACGUUUGGUUUUCAGUCAGACGCAGGAAGGGGUCGAGUUUGAACAAUACUGAGCCUGAAGAAGAUUUUACACACAUGCAGCUUGACCGUUAAGAAUGUGUAUUUCUGUGUUUUCUGUGUGACUGUGUGCAUAUUUAUAUUGUGCCUUUUAUCCAUAUCUGUAUGCUUAAUCUCAAAGGGAAAACUGUAAGAUGUUUAUUUGAUACAUUAAUCACUGCAUUCAUCCAAAGUGUUAUCUUACUUUUAAACUUUUUUUUUAAAGUUGUUUUUAUUGAUUUAAUUGUUUUUAUUGUCUCGUCUGCACUGUAUUUGAGAGGUGGCUCUGAAACGACGAACAGCUGAUGGCGGAAAGGUCUCAAAAUUUAGAUAUCUCGAUAUUAAGGGAUGAUAUAUAAGUGUUUUUCAUAAAUGUACUUGUAAAUCUCGUUUUUCAACAGUUAUGCCUGCUUUGUAUUCGAUUUGCUUUCUUUAAUUUUACUUUUGUGUUUUGUUUUUUUUUUGUUGCUGUGAAACGCUUAGCAUCGCUUAGAGACAAUCAGAAACGACACGACGUGGUGUGUUUUUUCUAACUUGCAGAUCAAAUUUGCAUUGUUUCUGCUUCUUGAAUGUGUUUUUGUUGAUUUCUUCAUGUCGUCUGCAUGUCGUGUUUAUAUCGAAGUACACCAAAAGAGUGGCCCUGCAGUGCUUAUCGGGUUAUACUCCUCUUACACGUGUCGACUUCUACCUUCUCUUUCCAAUGCCAAAAACUCUUUAGUUAUGUUUAAGUGCUGUGUGUGUGUGUGUUUGGACUUUUUUUUUGUACCGCAUUUCAUCUCAUGUUCAAGGACCUGUAGGGUCACGUAGAGAGCUGGAGUCUGAUCCUGUAAACUGAACACAAUCGUGUAAUAGUCUAAACUAAUUUAACGACAGUAAUCACACACAGUUCCCCGCAGUAUCUGUUCAGGACCUCCUGACUCUCCUGUAAGGUUUUCCUGUGUACCUGAGACACUCAUUACAGUGCGAAUAAAUUUUCAAAAAGUUUCUGAGUGGAGCGUCUGUUUGUCAUUGUAAAAAAAAAAUAUAUAUAUAUCAUUUUCACAUCAUGAGCUUGAGGAUUAUUUUGCCCUGUAACUGGUAUUCAGUGUUUCUACACUCAAACAGACUGUAGCGGUUAUACAACGUAAACUAAAGUGACACUCAGCUUCAUUGUGUAUUCUUGUAGUUGUACAGUCGCAUUUGAAAAAAGGGAGCCGGUUAUUUUUAAAAGGGCAGGAAGACAUUACAGUACAUUGACUCACACACUUGAGAAAGCUGCUAAUUCAUGUUUUCAGGCUUUAUUGGACAAUAUUAGCCGCUGUAUUAUUAACAGUACUCGCCAAAUUCAAAUGUAGAACAAUUAGGGGAGACCAGGGCUUGUUGUCACAUUUUUUACAUUUUAAUAUAUUUCUUGGAAUCAAUACCUCGUAUAUAAACAAAAUGUGAACCAGAUAAAAGACCAAAGUCUCGGGUAUAUAUUUCAUAUUUACGUCAUUUUCAUAUCAUGUGUCAGUGCAGAGUUUAGAGCGAUCAAAGAGAGAGUGUGAUCAUGUGACAUGUUGCCCCACCAUCGGGUAACUUGUCUCACUACAUGGGGUAAGAUGUCACAGUGGAUUGAACAAGGACAAAAUUAUUGUUUUUCUCAUUUUUGUACUUGAAAGUGAACAUCAAAGUUAGAAAAAGUCCUUGAACAACCGUUACCAUAAAAAUAUUACGCAACAUGCACUGGAGUUUGUAGAUCUUUCUGACUGUAUUUCGGCUGAAGUGAAUGUUUUACAGUACUGAGCCAAGGUUUGGUAGUUGACAUUAAAGUCCUUUAUUGUCCUCCAGAGUGAUUUAUUAUCGAGGGUCACCUGCCUGACUGCCCUCAGCAUCACGUCAGGUACUGUACCGCCACGUUUAGUUUUUCUUUGGAAAUUCCUGACCACGUCUUCUCGCUUUCUCCUCUCCUUUAAACCACUCUUUUUUGUGUAAAAAUAAAGUCAAAAUUUCAUUAUGACAACAGCUGAUAAUCAGACUCUCUAUGUCAAUUUUAAUCCCUUUAAACAUGUCACAACUAACCCCAAAAUGACUGAGACAUGUUGCCCCAAACUACCAUGUUUGCUAAUUCCAGCUCUAGAUUAAAGUUAGUUUAAAACAGAACAGUGACUGAGGUAUGAGAAGAUGCCUUAAUCUCUCCUCUAACAAGUCCACAUGAAUCACUGUGAGGAUUUUUAUCAGGAAGAAGGUUAUUUUAAAAUAUAUAAAGUUAAUUUUUUUAUUUUAGGUUGUGCAAAAUGGUUAAUUGGCGCUCAUUUCAGCUCACAAUAUCCUCCUCUCUUCUCAGACAGGACACGACCCCUGACCAUGUAAAGAAAUAAAAAUAGAAUUCCACUUUUUAGUUGUGCACUCCCUGGUGAAGAAGAUGAUUGCAAUGUGACAACUUACUCAUGUGACAACACGCCCCGGUCUCCCCUACAAUCAGUUUCCUCUCCUAAUGUCAGAGGAAGUUCUCAUGUUUGUUUUUGCUGUGGAGGCUUUUGAAAACAGGAAACUGUUUUUUUUUUUUUAUGUCAGGACUAAAUUACAAUACACUGACUCACACACUUGAGAAAGCUGCUACUUCAUGUUUUCAGGCUUUAUUGGACAAUAUUAGCCGCUGUAUUAUUGACAGUACUCGCCAAAUUCAAAUGUAGAACCAUCACUGAUAUUACUUUAAUUAGUCGGUGCAAGCAAACAGAUAUGGGAAGUAUGACUGCAAGGAUUCAUGGGAGUCUGCUUUCUUAUACAAAUAUCUUUAUUAAAACAUACUCGACAAAUUUUAACAUUUCCAGGACUGAACACAGAAGCUAAAAAGAAUAAAUAACAAUUUAUAAACAGCUGACUUCAGAUGGAGUGUGUUUUUUUUCACCAUAAAACAGGUUAAAACUUCUGUAAAACACGACGUCUCAGUUCUUUAACACAGCAGUUCCCAACUGGUCUCACUCUUGGACCCACAUUUUCCCACGGCAACUACCGAAGUUGCAUGUGCAGAAAAUGUCAAACAUCUUAUAUUUACAUCAACAUAUUUACUUUUUCGACCAGCUGUUCGUGACCCAUCCAGAACGUGUCUUUGACCCACUUUUGGGUUGGGACCCACCAUUUGAGAACCGCUGCUUUAACACACAGUCACAUGAUGAGCCGCAUUGUUAACAUGAAUUGACUUGGAAACAGAUGCGACACAAAUGGGCAACAUAGAGAUCCUUAUGAGAACAGUUAAACCAGUUACACAAAUUAAAAAACACUUUAAGUUACAUUAAAAAUAGUAAGAAUAAAAUAAACAUUGAGGAUAUAAUUUAUCAGAAAUUAAAUAUAGAUUAUCAGUUUAUUCUGGUGCACAGCAGCAUGAGACUAAUAGUGCUUAUGCCACACAUGAUGUAAAUAAACUACAUGACAACACAAACCAUCUGGGUUUGUGUCUGGGUCCCUCUCUAACCUCACAGUCCUGCUGAUGUCAAGUGACCCAGGUCAGCAGUAGAAGUUCUCAGCCAGCUUCUUCAUUCGUUUAUUGCAGCGUUUAGUUUCAGUUGGAGGAGGUCUGGGCGCGCUACGCUCCUCGCCGUCCGUCACUAGGCCUUCUGAGAAGGCUCUGAGUGCGGGGAAGUCUGGCACAUCUGUAGAUUGCCUUUCUAUAGUAAGGAAGGCACCAGUCGGGGACAUUUCAGUGUCGUCCCCUUUCAACUUUGUUUUGUCGAGGUUUGGAUGGUAGAAUUUAUAAUAAAUCAGUUUAAAAAAGAGGCCGAGCAUGUACACUCCGACGACACCGGCAGCAGUGAUAUAGGCACCCAAAGGUGGGAUUUCAAAGUUUGGCGGAUCUGUGAUCAUCUUCCAGCACCACAAACCACAAAGGAGGGAAAUAUCGACCAGUAUGUACCCAUGAUAGAACAGAGUCUUGUACCUGGUCUUCCCAUCCACCACGUUAAACCAGUCAAAAUACCAGAUGAGGCCCACGGUGGCUCUGUAAAGCCACUCUCCACGAGGGCCCUCCAUGAAGUCGGUUUUAGCUCGCCACACGAAAAAGAACAGGAUGAUCCACGAGCAGAAGAAGUGCGUGAAGAUGAAACACGGCAGGACGGAGGCGAAAAGAGCGAGGGCGGUGAUGCGAGACAUGAGGAGGAGGAGGUUCCAGAGGAAGUAGACGAGGGAGGAGACGAUCUGCUGCUUCUGUUUGUCGCGCAGGAAGGAGCGCAGAGAGCGGUGGUACAUGGUCACACUGCAGGCGAUGGCCGAGGCCGAGCCGACGGCCUUCAGCACUGAGAAGGAGAAGGAGGAGAAGUCAGACCGUUUUAGAAAGUCCAGACAGCAGGUCAAACUACAUCAUGAGAAACAUAGUGUACCUGUCCAAGCGUCGAGCUGACCCCGCUGCAGAAUGAGGAUGAGCAUGAGAACCAGCUGAGGAGAGCUCUCUGAGAAGGUCUCUAUGAGCCGCAGCAUGCUCAGGUCGUGACUCAAGAACACGGCGACAUCUUCAUCCAGACCUCUGAUCUUCGAGAAGAAGCUCCGUAUAGAAACCUCCACCACUCCUGCAUGCCUGAGACACAAAAACACAAAGUUCAAACCAUCUUAAGAACCUUCUUUGAGACAUUUAAUGACUUCAGCAGGAGCUCCUUUGGAUACUAGAGAAUCUAAACUUUCUUAUAUCAUUAUUUUAUCUGGAAAUUGAAGUGAACUUUGGAGUCAGACAUGAACAAAAACCGUGUCGUUCCUGUUGUGUUCAUAUAUUAUGUGUAUCUUUAACCACAUUAGUGGGAACUGAAAGAGAGGGUGAUGUCAUAUACUGUAAAUAUUGUCAUGAAUUCUGACAUCCUGAGGUCUCCCUGAAUUACAGUAACUAAAACUGAAAGUGAAAGUGGAGCACUCAUUCAUGGGCGAAAUAAAAGAAACAUGGAUAUAAGGAAGCGUGAUUUUUAACUAUGUAAAAAGUUUAUUUCACUUUUUUGACUGCAAAUCGCUUCAUAUGCUUCUUAAGAUAUUUGACUGAUUUGUUUAAAGUGUUUUUUGAGCUUUUUAGUUACUUUUAUAGAGAAACAGAACAAGAAAUAAGGAAGGAAACGACAUGCAGCAGGGGUCUGGAUUUAACUGCCGAGCUAAAACAGAUCCAAAAUAUCUCCUGAAGUUAUUGUGGGUCAUAAAAACUUCCAAUGAAGCAGCUGAAUGUGUACUAGACUUGGUCUUGGGCUGGGCGAUAUGGACUAAAAGUCACAUCCCGAUAUAUUUAGGCUGAAUAUCAACAUACGAUAUACUUAUGUCCUGAUGUUGUUUUCACAAAGUGAGAGCAAAUGUUUAGUCACAGUCAAAUCCAGAUAUGACAUGUCACAAGUAGUUCUAGAAGUCAUUAAAUGCUGAAAAGAAGAUUCUUUAUGCUCAGCUGGUCAAAGAACAAUCACAUGUAAACAUAAAUACUGUAUAACCACAGGAGUACCUUUUAAACUGGAGCUCUAUAAGGUGAACAUUUAAAUGAAAAAUAUAUCUUAAAUAAAAAUAGCCCAUAAAGUAAAAUAGGCCUUUUUCUGAAGUAAAUUUCUUUAUAUGAGAAAAGCAUCAACAUUUUGACAACUCUAAAUGGCCGAUUAAAAUCAAAUUCAGAUUUUCUUCUCCUCUAACAAAUCCACAGAUGCAAACAACAAACACUACAAAAGAAUUCAAUAUGACAAACCCGAA